UUAGGCUUCCGGGUCCUACCGCAAGGAUAUCUGCUGCAGGCAGCGAAGCCAAAACACGUGGAGGGUCAGCAACUGCUAACAACCGACGCAGCCAGAGCUUUAACAACUAUGACAAGUCCAAACCAGUCACUUCCCCACUUCCACCACCACCACCACCAAGCAGCCACGAGAAAGAGCCAUUGGCGAGCCCAGCCUCCGCCCACCCCGGAAUGAGCGAAAAUGCACCUGCUCCUCUGGAGAGCGGCUGCAGUUCCAGCCCCGCUAACAGCAGCACCUCCUCAGCUAUCCCACAGCCCGGCGCAGCCUCCAAGCCCUGGCGCAGUAAGUCGGUCAGCGUGAAGCACAGCGCCACGUCGUCUAUGCUCUCGGUCAAGCAGCCCGUGCCCGAGGCCCCCAGGCCCCCAGCCGAAGCCAUGAAGCCAGCCCCCAACAAUCAGAAGUCCAUGCUGGAAAAACUCAAGCUUUUCAACAGCAAAGGGGCUUCCAAGGCAGGCGAGGGCCCGGGGUCGCGGGACACGAGCUGCGAGCGGCUCGAGAUUCUGCCCAGCUUUGAAGAGAGCGAAGAGAUGGAGGCCACCGGUCGCUCGCUGUCCACGGCAGGUCCCGCUUCCAACAGCCCCAAGAUUGCGCUCAAGGGCAUCGCCCAGAGAACUUUUAGCCGGGCGCUGACCAACAAGAAGAGUUCCCCGAAAGCCAAUGAGAAAGAAAAGGAGAAACAACAGCGGGAGAAGGAAAAGGAGAAAAGCAAGGACCUCGCCAAGAGAGCCUCUGUGACGGAAAGGCCGGACCUCAAAGAGGGGCCGAAGGAAGACCCCAGUGGGGCGGUGGUGACCGAGAUGCCAAAAAAGUCCUCCAAGAUCGCCAGCUUCAUCCCCAAAGGGGGAAAGCUCAACAGUGCCAAGAAGGAGGCUACAGCCCCUUCCCACAGUGGAAUACCAAAACCAGGAAUGAAGAGCAUGCCCGGGAAGUCCCCAAGUGCCCCUGCGCCUUCCAAGGAGGUGGAGCGGAGCCGGGGUGGGAAGCCGAGCUCGGGGCUCCCCCAGCAGAAGCCCCAGCUGGACGGCAGACACUCCAGUUCCUCCUCCAGCCUGGCGUCCUCAGAAGGCAAAGGCCCCGGAGGGACCACCCUGAACCACAGCAUCAGCAGCCAGACUGUCAGCGGGUCCGUCGGGACCACCCAGACCACAGGAAGCAAUACCGUCAGCGUCCAGCUACCUCAGCCCCAGCAGCAACACAACCACCCCAACACGGCCACCGUCGCACCUUUCCUGUACAGGUCCCAGACAGACACCGAAGGGAAUGUUACUGCUGAAUCCAGCUCCGCGGGUGUGAGCAUGGAGCCCAGCCACUACACCAAGAGUGGACAGCCUGCUCUGGAAGAACUCACUGGGGAAGACCCCGAGGCUCGGCGACUGCGGACCGUGAAGAACAUCGCCGACCUGCGGCAGAAUUUGGAGGAGACCAUGUCUAGUUUACGGGGGACUCAGGUCACACACAGCACAUUGGAAACCACAUUUGACAGCAACGUCACCACGGAGAUAAGCGGGCGCAGUAUCCUCAGCUUGAGCGGCAGACCCACUCCCCUGUCCUGGAGACUCGGCCAGUCCAGCCCUCGGCUUCAAGCAGGAGACGCCCCCUCUAUGGGCAACGGGUACCCACCUCGAGCCAAUGCCAGCCGGUUCAUCAACACUGAGUCGGGCCGCUACGUGUACUCUGCCCCUCUGCGGAGGCAGCUCGCCUCCAGGGGAAACAGUGUGUGCCACGUGGACGUCUCAGACAAGGCAGGAGACGAGAUGGACCUGGAAGGCAUCAGCAUGGAUGCCCCCGGCUACAUGAGUGAUGGGGAUGUUCUGAGCAAGAACAUCCGGACGGAUGACAUCACCAGCGGGUACAUGACCGAUGGUGGACUUGGCCUCUACACUCGUCGCCUGAACCGGCUCCCCGAUGGGAUGGCUGUGGUGCGGGAGACCCUGCAAAGAAAUACCUCCCUGGGCCUUGGCGAUGCUGACAGCUGGGAUGACAGCAGCUCCGUCAGCAGCGGGAUCAGCGACACCAUAGACAACCUCAGCACCGAUGACAUCAACACCAGCUCCUCCAUCAGUUCCUAUGCCAACACACCUGCCUCCUCUCGCAAAAACCUGGAUGUGCAGACCGACGCUGAGAAGCAUUCGCAGGUGGAGAGGGGUUCCCUGUGGUCGGGCGAUGAUGUCAAGAAGUCAGACGGAGGCUCAGACAGCGGCAUAAAGAUGGAGCCUGGGUCUAAGUGGAGACGGAAUCCCUCGGAUGUGUCUGACGAGUCUGACAAAAGCACGUCGGGCAAGAAGAAUCCGGUCAUCUCCCAGACGGGCUCGUGGCGGCGAGGCAUGACCGCGCAGGUGGGCAUCACCAUGCCGAGGACGAAGGCGGCUGCCCCAGCAGGCCCGCUCAAGACCCCAGGAACUGGAAAAACAGAUGAUGCAAAGGUGUCUGAGAAAGGAAGACUGUCUCCCAAAGCCUCCCAGGUGAAGCGCUCCCCAUCAGACGCAGGCCGCAGCAGCGGUGACGAGUCCAAAAAGCCCCUCUCCAGCACUUCCAGGACCCCCACUGCCAACGCCAACAGUUUUGGGUUCAAGAAGCAGAGCGGCUCGGCCGCUGGGCUGGCCAUGAUCACAGCCAGUGGGGCUACCAUCACCAGCAGGUCAGCCACACUGGGCAAGAUCCCCAAGUCAUCCGCACUCGUCGGUCGGUCCGCUGGCCGGAAGACGAGCGUGGACGGGGCUCAGAACCAGGACGAUGGGUACCUGGCUCUCAGCUCCCGGACCAACUUGCAGUACCGGAGUUUGCCAAGGCCCAGUAAGUCCACCAGCCGCAACGGGGCCGGGAACAGGUCUAGCACCAGCAGCAUCGAUUCCAACAUCAGCAGUAAGUCCGCGGGCCUGCCGGUGCCCAAGCUGAGGGAGCCUUCCAAAACGGCCCUGGGCAGCUCUCUGCCCGGUCUGGUCAACCAGACAGAUAAGGAGAAAGGCAUCUCAUCCGACAACGAGAGUGUGGCUUCCUGUAACUCGGUGAAGGUGAACCCGGCGGCCCAGCCUGUGUCCGGUGCGGCUCAGGCGACGCUCCAGCCAGGCACCAAGUACCCCGACGUGGCCUCUCCCACGCUCCGCAGACUCUUUGGUGGGAAGCCUACCAAGCAAGUGCCCAUUGCCACAGCAGAAACCAUGAAAAACUCAGUGGUGAUCUCCAAUCCUCAUGCCACCUCGACCCAGCAAGGUAACUUAGAGUCCCCCUCAGGCAGCGGCGUCCUGAGCAGUGGGAGCAGCAGUCCUCUCUACAGUAAGAAUCUGGAUAUCAACCAGUCUCCUCUAGCCUCCAGCCCCAGCUCAGCCCACUCGGGCCCUUCCAACAGCCUCACCUGGGGCACCAACCCCAGCAGCUCGUCCGCGGUCAGCAAGGACGGCCUGGGCUUCCAGUCUGUCAGCAGCCUCCACACCAGCUGUGAGUCCAUUGACAUCUCCCUCAGCAGUGGAGGGGGGCUGAGUCACAAUUCCUCCACGGGCCUCAUCACCUCCUCUAAAGACGACUCCCUGACACCCUUCGUCAGAACCAACAGCGUGAAGACCACGCUGUCGGAAAGCCCUCUCUCUUCCCCUGCUGCUAGCCCUAAGUUCUGCAGAAGUACUCUGCCCAGGAAACAGGACAGUGACCCGCACCUUGAUAGGAACACUUUGCCUAAAAAAGGACUCAGGUAUACUCCCACCUCACAGCUUCGCACCCAAGAAGACGCAAAAGAAUGGUUACGGUCCCACUCUGCAGGAGGCCUGCAGGACCCCGCUGCCAAUUCCCCUUUUUCCUCUGGCUCCAGUGUAACGUCUCCCUCCGGAACAAGAUUCAACUUUUCCCAGCUUGCGAGUCCCACCACUGUUACCCAGAUGAGCUUGUCCAACCCAACCAUGCUGAGGACCCACAGCCUCUCCAAUGCCGAUGGGCAGUAUGACCCAUACACCGACAGCCGAUUUCGGAAUAGCUCCAUGUCCCUGGAUGAGAAGAGCAGAACCAUGAGCCGCUCGGGCUCCUUCCGGGAUGGAUUUGAAGAAGGUAAGCAAGGAGGGUUGCCGUCUCAAGUUACGCAGUGUCUUAAUGGCCCUCCCUACCGAAUUCACGACCCAAGAGCCCACCUGUAAGUGUUUCUACCUCUCUCACUCACUCUGGGGGUUGG